UAGCCAUAACUUUGCACUUUGUGACAAAUAUAGCCAGAUUCUGAGAAAUACACAGAAAUAGCCAUUCCGUCCAAUAAUAUAACAGAAAACAUAACGCUUGCUGACUGGACAAACGAUCCCAAAUGGCCGCGUUUAAUUUGAUCUACGUGUAAGCCAACGUGGAAAUGAAUUAAUUAUUUAUCAUUAAUUUUUUUUACCCUACUUUACCAAUUUCUCACCUUAACCGCAGAAGAACCAACAGUUCCCCCUUGUUCCCCCUUUCUCCAUUCCUCUUCGCGAAUACCCAGCAGAAACCUAAAUCUCCACCACCCCCACUCUCGAUUCUAUUCGCCGGUGACUGUGAAUUGACCAACACAGUCAUCCGGUCAUCUCGCCUUGGUCGACGUGUUUUCUCGCCUCACUUCGCCGUCGAACUUCCCUUCGUAUCCCUUUCAAUUGACGAACACAGAAGUGGCGACUCAGCAUCGUGGAGCUUAAUAGCAAGCUCGGAGGUCGCUUCCAGUCGUCGACGGCGAAGAGGAUAAGUGGACUCUGUCGAUCUUUCUUGGUGAAGGUCGAAAGUAUCGAUUCCUGUAAAAAAGCCAAAAACAAAGCUCGAACCCUAAUAUGUUUUUGGUAAGAACUCCUCGCCUCUUCCUCUGCCUUGCCUCUGUUACUCCUUACCCCUCGCUUCUCUUACUCUCACCUCAGUUUGUGUGGAUGGAUGUGAAUGGUGGGAACCCUAAUCCAAAAUUGCUCCUUUAUAGGAAGGAAUAACCAAGCUGUAAAGUUGGGAAAGCGACGCAGCAAGUGUUUGGAGGGACCACAAGAAUCUCUUUGUCACGAGAUUGCCCCUACAACAUACGGUAAGAAGCUGAAAUAUGUGGAUAGAACCGUCAAAGAGCGUGACGAAUUCCUUGCUUUGAAAUUGUCAGAACCUAACGUGAUUUCUUUAAUGGAUGUUGCUGUGUUGCUUGUUUGGUAGUGAUUUGUUUAUAUACUAUUAGUAAGUAAUGCUUAUUUAAUUAAGCUUAGGGCUUUAGUUUAGUAGCUAAUCAAUUAAACCUAAUUUGCACAGAUGUCAGAUGCUUGGGACGAGAAUGAUACAAAUCAGAAUGGUGGUGAAGAUAUAUCAAUGGAGGCAGAUGGUGAUGCAUCCGUUGCACGAGACAUCUACCAUGUUUAUGACUCUGAGGAUGCCAUCACAUCCGAUGAUGAGUACCACGAAGCUAGGGCUGCCUUACGUUCCUAUGGGGAAGGGAAGAGAAGGAAGGUUAAUGCUAGGUUGGUUCCUGAUGGAGAGGAGGUUGAUCAGCUUGAGGAGUUUGAGGACGACGCAACUGAUGUUGAUGAGGAUGAAGGAGAUGAUGCAGCUCCACAACCACCUCAUAACUCACAACACUCCACUUCCCACCCGGCAUCAGAGGCACCUCCACAGCAGCCUCAACAAGAUCACAGAGAGACUUCACAGCAUUCGAGCUACAGAGGAUCUGAGGAGUCUCUUCACGUCAGGCCAAACUUGUCAGACGAGGCAGGUGGUGAUCUCAACGAUGGCGCACCACAUUAUGAUCCCACAUGUGAUCACAAAGCUUUGAGGUUUGUAUGCAAGAUGAAGUUUGCUAAUAUGGUGCAGUUCAAAGAUGCUGUGGUUAGGCAUGCUGUGGCAGCUGGUGCUUGUCUGCGAUGGCUUCGGAGUAACCCUACGAGGAGGGAGGUUAGGUGCAAAGAUCCCAACUGCAAAUGGAAACUUUAUGCUAGCUGGUUCAGAAGGAACAAGUGCUUCAUGAUCCGGAAAGUAGGGUUGGAUCAUUCAUGUGCAAGAAGUCUCCGGGUUAAUCAAAUAACCGCCAACUGGAUAGCAUCUGACAUGCUUGAAAGGUUCAGAAUUAACCCUACCUGGGCACCAGAUCAGAUUAUGGCCGAGAUCAAGCUUAAACACAACAUGGAUGUGAAGAAGAGAACUUGUUACAGAGCCAAAGUUGCGGCUAUUAAGCUUUUAAGCGGGUCCUUGGUUGAUGAAUAUAAGGGUCUCCGGAGUUAUGUUUCCGAGUUAAUGAAAAGAGAUCCAGAUGGACGAUUUGUUCUGGAAGUAGAUCCACAUCCAGAUGGUGAUAAGUGUUACUUUCGAAGUCUCUUCAUUGGAUUCUCGUGCUUGAGGGAUGGUUUUUUGCUUUCAUGUAGACCUAUGUUUGGGUUAGAUGGUUGCUUCCUCAAGGGCGAGGUGAAGGGCAUGCUGCUUUCCGCUGCUGGGAAAGAUGGAAACAACCAAAUGUUUCCUAUAGUAUGGGCUGUCGUGGAAGGAGAGAAUACCUCAUCAUGGAUGUGGUUUGUCCAGCUUGUAACUCAAGAGCUGUCGAUGAGAGAUGGUAGGGGAUGGACCGUGAUUUCGGAUCAACAGAAGGGUUUGGUUGAGUCCCUACGUGAAGUGCUUCCCGAGGCUGAGCAUCGAAAAUGUGCCAGACAUGUGUAUGCAAAUUGGAAAGCAAAAAACAAGACUGAUCGGGUUAGGAAACUAUUUUGGAAGGCUGUGUAUGCUUGUAACGAGCCGGAUUGGAAAAAAGCUACUUGUGAAAUGGAAGAAAUACAAGGUAAUGGAUCUGAUUCCACCCCAUACACUGAUUUCAUGGCUGCUGAACCAACCAAAUUCUGUCGAGCAUUCCUCUCCACAGUUCCCAAAUGUGAUUCGGUUGAGUCUAACAUUUGCGAGACAUGGAAUGGUAGCAUUGUGAAGUAUAGGGGAUUUCGAAUCAUAGACAUGUUAGAAGGAAUUAGGGGUUACAUGAUGGUUAGGGUGGUGAUUAAACACAAGAUGCUCAUGGACACUACUGAUGAACUUUGUCCUAGAAUUAGGAAACGAUUGGAGAAGGACAAAGAGUUUGCUAGGUUGUGUGUGUCUAGACAAUCUUUACAUGAUAAGUGUGAAGUGAAGAUGGGUGGUGAAGGGUAUAUUGUCGAUCUGAGUGCUAAAGAAUGCACGUGUGGGUACUGGCAGCUCAGUGGAAUCCCCUGUUGUCAUGCUAUUUCUGCGAUCAGCCACCUAAGGAAAAAUCCAGAUGAUUUUGUUCAUCCUCUUUACCGAGCAAUGUACGUGUCUGAGGGUUACAAGGUAGGGCUGCCUUGUCUUGAUGGUAGACAAGCGUGGCCAACUGCUCAAGGGUAUGAAGUCCACCCUCCUAAGGCUAGAGCUAUGCCUGGGCGCCCUAAAAAAACAAAAAAAAAGUCUGCUGCUGAGUUAGAGACGAGACCACAACGUGGGGGAGUGGGUGAGGAAGUCUGUAGACGAGGUAACUUGAUCCGUUGCUCAAAUUGUGGAGGUGAAGGCCACAACGCGAGAUCUUGUAAAGCACCUCCUGCUGUUCGAGAAGAAAGGGUAAACAAUUCCUCUCAAAGGGGGAAGAGAGCUGCUGUCCAAGAAGCGGAUGUGGAUGUGAGGUCCAAACGUGCCAAACACUGCUCCAAGUGUGGACGACCAGAUCACAGUAUGAGGACAUGUCCAUUGAAUAGGGGUCUAGGGAUACAGGACGUGAGAUUGAAUGUUGGAGAUCGAGCUACGAUUGCCAGGGAAAUACGUCGUGAAGCUGCUGGCGUGGGUGUGUAUGUCGAUGAGACUACGGGGAACCAAUAUGUUAGGAUGAAUGGUGACCGUGGCCGCCCUCAUGGAGAGCAACCAACAGUACCUUUAGCCCAAGCUUCUGUGGUGGACUUACAUGGAAGCCAACCACCACCAACUCAGCCUUAGCGAGUCAUGAAAGCAACCUUUUUGAGUCAUUUUUUGUACAGACCAGCAACUGAGGUUGUUAGGUGCUGUUUUUGUCGACUCAUGUAAUGGCUAUAAUAAGCCUUAAGGAUUGCU